CCCUGCCAUCGCCAUCGCCAUCGGUGCAUCGUUGGGGGGAGAGGAUAGGAAAGCUGAGUGGUUAUGUUUUCUAUUUGAUGUUAUUUAUUUUUAAUGAAUUUUUUACCAUAAUCGGAUUUUGAGUAUUUUAAUUGAUGAGUAGAAAUGAAUUUUAAAAUCGAGGAAAUAAGUGAACUUUCGGACAACGUAAUGCAACAAGCUAUGUCAGAUGCAAACCAGGAACUUGAAUUGGAUGACUACGAAAAGGCUUCUUUUCAAGGGAAAUACCAUAAACAAUCUUACCGAAAGGCGUGGGAAAAUUUGCCGGAUUUCAAAGGGUGGCUGAAAGAGGUGGAAGGGCUACCCAACCGAGCCUAUUGCUCAUACUGUCAGGUUUCUUUAUUUGCUCACCGCCUCAGUUUGCUUAAACAUACCUGCACCUUAAAACAUCAAAGGGCUUCUCAGAGAGCAUUACUUAAGAAUAAUGGGCUGUUACACAAUGACGUAUCGAUUGCUCACUCUUCGACACAGCCGGAAAUUCACAUCCCAACAGAGAGCAUUAAACUUAACCUGCAUCCUGUCAAAGUCCAGCAAUCUCUUCCAAGUAGUAUGACUGUGACAAUUAUUCAGGAUGUUUCAGAUGAUGCCAUUGGAUUACAACUAGGACAGAAUAUUACAAGAAGUGAAAGCAGUACUCUGAUAACUGAUGAUGAUGAUGAUGAUCUUGGUCUAAACACGGUUCAAUCUGUACAGCUUGAUGAACCCGUGCCACAGCCUGUGACCAUAGCCCCCCCUAUGAAAAAGGAGAAGAACAUGGCCCACUCCUCUAAUUUACCUCUAUCAACCCAUGUCUUGGAUACAUCUAAAGGUCAGCCUGUAGGGCAAUUACCAGUCAGUUUGUAUAGACUGGUUGACAGCAGAUGGACUCUUGUGAAUGAGAGUGCCACUAAUCAAGAUGGACGAUGCAGUAACUUGAUUCAAAGAGAAGAAUUUGUAGCAGGUCGUUACAAGCUUCAUUUUGACACAGAUCGCUAUUUUCAACUCGAUCGUAAGGAAACUCUGUAUCCAUUUGUUGAGAUAGCAUUUGAUGUGCAUGCACCACUUGAACAUUAUCAUAUACCUCUGUUACUCUCAGCUUUUGGCUACUCAACUUAUAGAGGUAGCUAAGGUAAGGGAGCCUUCAAGGAGUGAAGAGAAGACCUGAACCUAUAAUUGAUGACUAAGGUUACUUGUUUUGUAAAAGUUUUAUUUUUAAAAAAGAAAAAAAUAAUAACAAGCAAUAUAA